AAACUUCUCUUUAUUCAGUACCUCCAUGAUAUACACUACAUCAAAAUUCACUCUCUGGUGGAUAUAGUCAAUGCAUCAUGGCAGAGACGCACGAGCUAACCUAUACCACGCCCUCAGCGACCUCUCACCAACAAAGCGAUCAUGAAGACGAACUCAUUGCGCCAGUUUUGCCGCCCAUGGACAGAGGCAAAGGCGCAUAUACUGCGCUUGCAUGCUCAACUAUAGCACAGGCGCCGAUAUGGGGCUUUUCCGUCUCGUUUGGCAUUUUCCAAGAAUACUACUCGUCGCAUCUUGGGUCGAGUCCAGGAUCUAUUGCCACAAUUGGCGCGCUGCAAAUGGGUAUCAUGUACCUCAUGAUGCCGCCAGCAUUCUUCGUCCUUACGAGAUACCCGAUUGCUCGCCGAUACUGCGCACCGCUCGGGCUUUUGCUGACUACAAUCAGCAUCGCGUCCUCUGCAUUUGUGACUUCUGUAGAUAGACUCAUCGCUACACAGGGUGCACUCUAUGCUUUGGGAUGUGGCCUCAUCUUCUGCCCCGUCUCUCUCGCCAUGGAUGAAUGGUUUUCUCAGAGAAAGGGCUUUGCGUACGGAGUCAUGUGGGCAGGCAAAUCGACAACAGGCGUCGUACUGCCAUUUCUGUUUGACGUGCUCCUAAAGAAGAUUGGCUUGAAAGCUACUCUUCUCUCAUGGGCUGGGGCCUCUGCACUGAUGUUAUGCCCAACACUUUUCUAUCUCAACCCGCGGGUGCCCAUCCAGCAGCGAGACUCGCCAACCAUGUCCUUCCGAUUCCUCCGAUACCCCGUCUUUUGGAUGAUGCAAUCUGGCAUCAUUAUUCAGGCGUUGGGCUAUCUUAUGCCUACAACCUAUCUUGCCACCUACGCCAGCGAUAUUGGCUUACCGUCUAUUAGCGGCCCUGUUCUACUCGCUCUCUUUUCUAUUGCUUCAGUCCCAGGUGGAAUCUUUCACGGCAUGAUUGGCGACAAAAUGUCUGCGACGCGAGUGAUCCUCAUUUCGUCGCUUGGAAGUGCCGUCCCCAUCUUUCUCCUCUGGGGACUCAGCAAACACAUGGCCAAUCUUGUCGUUUUCGUCAUGCUCUACGGAUUCUUUGCCGGCGGCUUCAGUUCCACUUGGUCCAGCAUGGUCAAGGAGAUUCAAAGGGAAGACACGUCGCCUGAUGCAUCCUUGCUAUUUGGAUUGCUUCUUGGUGGUCGCGGUGUUGGCUUCGUCCUGGGAGGACCAAUUAGCGGUGCUCUACUAGGAAAUGAGGGUCUUAUAUCGCAUGGCCAGAUUGGAUAUGCUACGAAGUACGGCCCUAUGAUUCUGUGUACGGGCAUAACAUCGGUGUUUGGUGCAUGGGCGGCUAUCUGGAAGCUUGGAAAGACGUAUGCGCAUAGGGUGACACACUGUAUCCAUUAAGAAGAAGGUGAAAUUUCAUGAAACGUUGAUUUGAUAUUAAUUUGCAGCACGCUAUUUGGUGAUCAAGAUAGCACCACUGGGCAACAAAAAUGUACCGUCUUCUGUACCCCUCCAUUCCUCAAUGGCCUUGCAGACUUCCCCCAUCUGCUCCUCGGUAAACAGCUUGUGCUUUCGGAUGCAAUCAAUCAUCGGCCCGGAUGCGAAUCGGUUCACCAUGACAUUACCUACCGUGUACAUAGUCAGCUUCUACCCAAACACACUAGAGGCCCAUUAUACUCACGCCACAUGUUUCGUUCUUCCGGCGUACUGUAGCACCAGGUGUGAAAGCUCAACUGAAUCUGAUCGCGCUUGAUACCAGUCUCAAGAGCCACUGAUAUGAGCCUACGGCCACCAAUGCUGGAACCUCCAUUUGUUGUCUGAAAUUUGUCCCAGACGUCCAGGCACAAGUCUAGACCAGGCGUCGAGGGCCAAAAUAGACACAUCCGCAUAUCAGCAUCUCUAAUGGAAAUAACACCACCAGUUUUGCAGACGCGAACAAGCUCUUUGAUAGCCUCUUGCGGUUCAUCGAGGUGAACCACCAUCUGCGAGGUGUGCACAACAUCAAAGGUCUCGUCGGGGAACGGAAGCUCAUAGGCGCUGGCCUGUUGGAAUGUCACAUUCUUGACUCCCUGUUCGUCACUGCAUUCUUUGGCGCGGGCGAGUAUCUCAUCCGAUAGGUCUACGGCGGUAAUGUGCCCCUGCGGCAGGUACUUGGAGAAGGAUGCUGUUAAGGUGCCAGAGCCAGCGCCGACGUCCAAGAACUUCAAUUCCGGAUUCUUGGCUACCAUGGCCACCAGGGUAGGCAAGAGUUGCUCUGCGCUGUUUUCGGCCGUGCGCCAUUCAUGGUGAUCGAGUUGGCCUUUGCGAUAUCCUGGCCCAUAGGCGUUGUGUUCCCUGGCCAUGUUUUGGUGAUGUUAGUGUCGAGACCGCCAGGUUGAUACUUGUUGUUUCUAAGAAGCGAAAAAGAAGAACAAGAAUUUCGAUGAGCGUUAUUUAUUACAUUCUUUAUUCUCUCGGCCUCCAAAUGUAUUAGGCGCAGAGUCCCAUUCCCCGCGUUGAUCCACCAUGAUAGCAAAGCUACGGUGGCAGUAGGAUUCUGUUAGCCGACUUGGGAUUGUGCAUAUUUACUCUUCAUCCUGGUGAUGGUAGAGACAUAAUUUCAAAAUUCAAAAUCAAGCGUCUUUGGAUGCCAUAGUGAACUUGUCCUGGGCAGUCUCAUCCACCAGCAAUAAAAGCCAACUCGGUAACGAAAAACAAUGUGUAUUGAUUGAGGCAGCACAGCGUAGCAUAGCAUUGCGUCAUUGGACGAGG